AAUUACAACACAUGCAAAGGUGAGAUGUUGAUGCAAGUCGAGCAGUGUCAGUGCUUAGGCUUAGACGUCAUUUGCGCCCUUAGGUAUCAAACGCGCGAGUGGUGGUGGCCCCCGCAUUCGCACAGAAUGACUUGGAGACUUUCACCACGAGUACUUCGGUGCCAAGCAUGGCCAGUACAGAAGAUGACAACGACACAGGUGAAGUUGAGAACGUCACUAGCACUGGAGAGCCUCAAGUGUACCAUGUGUAUGCGGUCCAGUGCGCCUGGACACCCUGGCGAUUUCUGCCUUUGGCCUUGAGUGCCCUGGCAGCUGUUGCUUCCGGCUGGGCGCUGAAGAGCUCUGUUCAGCUGCUUUGUGAGCCCCAGCGACCUUUGUGUGAAAUGCCUUUCUUGCGGAGGCGCUUUGGCUGGCUCCUUGCUCGCAGCAAGAUUGGUGGUCAUGCACCUCUAUUGGGGCGCCAGCCGGUAUUGCCCUGGUUGCCUCCAUUGUGCCACUGGACUUGCAGCCGAACUGGCCGCCACGGUGACAAUGCGCUUCUGGCACCUAAGUACUGGCAGGUUUGCCAGCAUGGUCAGCUUUUGGUGAUGCAGCCAGUCUCUGCGGCCGGAAAGGAAGAUGGAGAAGCCAUUGCGUUGGUGGCCUUGGCCUGGAAUCAGUGGGGAGAUGCUGACUCUUCCCUGCGCCUGCGCUAUGCAGCACCCACUCGUCUUACUCUCCGGCGUACAGCUAAUUCAGAGCCAUCCUCAUGCAGCGACGCCAGUCCUCGAGAGGAGUGCUUUGAGCUAAAGCUGGAGAUGAUGCCCUUAACUUGGCGCCUGAUGCAAGGCCUGGCACUACUGCUGUUUGCGGGAGCAGCUGCUGUUAUAACCGUCUCUGGAGCUGCAGCAGUUCUCUUGGGCCUUGCGGUUUUGCUGGGCGUCGUGGCAAGCUGUGCACCAGUCAAUUGCUGCCGCCUCCCAGUGGCCACUUUGCCUUGGUUGCUUUGCACCACUGCUUUGGCAUCAACUGCUCCACUUUGCCCAGAGGCAACUUCAAGCUUUGUGUGGCUGCCCCUUGCAGGAGGAGGAAUGGGUUUGAUUGGCAGCAUCGCUGUUUUCACAAGCCACAUGUUCGAGUCUGACUGCUUCGGCUUCUUCUUGGCCCAUGUCACAUCCACCUUAACUGGUGUGGUUUGUACGAUGCUGGUGCUCCUAGAGAUGGGCAUGCGAGCAUCGGAGGAUUCUGGAGUGGUUCAGGCAGCAUGGUGGGAUUUGGCCUCAGUGCCGCCCGAGCAUCUUGUGAUGGCCGGGCAACUUGGCGGCUUACUUUUUCUCAUUGGCCUCUCACUGCACCGCUUGAUCCUCGCCUUCUCCUUGCACCCUUUCGCGCAGCCCCUGCGAGCGCCACAGUCGGCCAAGACGUUGCUUCAGAGGCAGCACAGUCAUAUAUCCUUUGAUGCCGAGGCUCUCCCGAAGAUGGAAUUGCUCCCGCCACCCCGUGCCAGCGCGGCACGCAGCGGGGUGCGCCAGGCGGCGCUCGCAAGCAUAGGCCAGCUAAGCAGGGACGACUUAGAGCCUGAGGAGGAGGAAGUGGAGAUGCAGGAGGAGAUUGAGAUUGCCAACAGCGAAAGCAGCGAUGGUCUUUGUGCAGGUGUCUUGCAGGUGUUGCUGGAAGCCUCUGACUGGCCAGCUAGCCAUUGUCUGACCCCACAUCGCGUGCGGAGCGGUGCACCGCUCAUCCAUUGGAAGCUGGUGCCCCGCUCCUUGCAAGAUGAGGAAGGAGCGCAUGUCAGCAACGAGGUGCUUCGGGAACUUGCAUCCAGCUCAAGCGCAACGAAUUUGCAGAGACAGGAUGCACUGGAGCUUAUCCCGACGAUACAAAAUUCCAACCAAGAAGUCGGAUCAAAUCAGCAAAAGCUGCAAGAUGCUCUCAGCAAUGGGGCAGGCAUUCAGGCAAGUGGAAGCCAGGACGUGGCCCGACGUGUCGCGGAGCAAGCGGAGCCGGAUGAGGAUGGAGCUUCAAGCGGCGAAGUGGUCCUGACCAUUGGGGACGACGGCAGAGAAAGCGAAACGAAGGGACGUUGCCAUUCGGCUCACCCUCGAAGUUCGACAGCGGCCAGUGGCUUGAAAGGACAGGCAGCUGCAGAUAUGGUGUGAGAUGCCAAGAUUGCCAGCAGACCGUUUGAGCCAUUCACGUCCUGACCUUAUUGGUGAUAGUUUGCAUGAUAGUUUUUGUAGUUUUGAUUAUUUUGGGGUGCUAUGAAGUUCGAUCACCAUCUCAAAGGUCGACAGUUGACGUGGUCUUUGAACAUUACAGUUGCUCCUGGUGCCUGGACCUGGCAGGAACCAGGGCACUUUUGCUCGCAAGCAUCCCAAGCAAACUUUGUUAGAUUUGCCCUUGGUGUCCCC